UAAUAAGUACGACGCUGCUUUUGACGUUCGCGUACGACUUUUUUUUUUGGUUCCUUCUACUUUGAAAACGGCAGGAAGCGAAAAUUGUUAGUACUGUGCUUAGUGCUUACUGGUCUGACUGAGGAUGUGGUGGAAAGUGUUGGGCACGAUAGGAGAGAUUCAACCGGAAAGGAUUUCGAUUUCGAGCACAUAGUACGCGAGACACACGAGGUCCCGCGAUUGGCCAGUUUAUGAGACGACGAUGGCUCCGUGAGGAGAGGAGAACAUGGCUGCGACGCAAGCCGAGAGCCAACAAAACGAUGUGAAGCUGAACGAGUCCGUGAAAUGCGCACAGAAACGUCCGCAAGUCGGUGGGAAUAGUGCGAGUGUUAACGCGAAGCAGCAGCUGGAUCCAGAGCCGGGUGAUAAAGUGCCCCGGGGCGCGGCCCAGCUGCUUAAAUAUGUGAAUCGCGGCGGGGACACGGGUUUCGAGAUGAGUCAAUACCGCGAGGACAUUGGUGGACACACUGCCGGUGAGGUAAAAUCACCCAGAGAGGCUGGCCAGGCGCCUCAAGAAACUAUCGGCAAGCAGGAGCCUCUCGACGCGCCCGGUCAUCCGAACCAUCCCGGACAUCCGUUCACGUCGAAUGUAAUACGCGACUACUCGGAGGAGUAUACUAACAAAUCCAACGAGUUUCCCUCCAAGUCGUUGACCGAUUAUCCGGCCAAGCAGAUACCGGAAUACGUGGGAAAGCAUGGAGAUUUUCCAGGGAAACAAUUGGAGUAUCAUGGUAAACACUUAAUACAUGAAAGUGAAAGAGUCCAUCGAGCAGACAUGGAAGAGCAUUAUGCAGCUUCCAAGAUUGAAUCCCGAUUGGCAUACGUAGGGGCUACACCGACCAGCUUUCCGGGUCAGCCAAGGUUUCUGUCUGGCCAAAGUAUAUCGCAAGCCACUGGUCCAACACCGACAUUAAAUCAGUUACUUCAGGCAUCUACGCCAGUGCAUCGGUUUCAUGGAAAUUAUCCUGGAAUGGGACCAGAGACUUAUCAACAACCCUGGCCUAUUCAACGACCGCCGGUUGUUCCUCCAGUUUAUGCUCAACCUGGUCAACGACCACCACAGACGGGGUCACCAAGAUUACAUGCAGGGCCUGGAGGACCAAGUUCUCCAACUCCUAUGCCAUAUCAACAGUACACGCAACGUUAUUCUUCUCCUACAAGACCCCAUGCACCAUAUACUCACCAUCAGAUAAACUCAUACACCACACAAACCAGUCAUCCUUCCAGUCUAUACACAGAGCAGAGAGGAUGGAACCAAGGUGGACCACCAAAUCCACCACCGCCUCCAUCCAAUCAAGCCAAUCCUUCCAGUCAGUCACCGCAACGUGCACUUUCUCAAUCUCCAGCACCGCCACCUUCAGCAUCUCCACAACCACAAUCUGGCCAAUCACAGAGUUUCCACAAUCUGCAGCAAAGAUCCACAACACCAAAUACUCAAGGAAUUGAUUCAGGGGAGUUAUCUGGGCAAAACAGUAACGAUAGUUCGAAUGGACCAGCUUGUCCAGGAACACCAAACUCACAGGGGAUGAGACCAACCCCUUCACCUACAGGAUCUACAGGUUCUCGCUCAAUGUCCCCUGCUGUUGGCCAACAAAACGUUGUUCAGAUGCCUCCACGUCCGUCGAGUAGCCAAUCAGAUGGUAGUGGACCAGCACGAAUGAGUCAUUCUCCUAUGACAACACAGGUAGCAUACCAGCAACCAUUGGGUCCUUCACCACAUAUGCAUAGCUAUAAAAUGAAUAACACCGGUCCUGGUGUAGUUCAACCAGGACCUGGUGCAACAAAUCUUGGUGGAAUAAACCCAAUGGGUGGUGGGAUGGGGUAUGCAGCUGGUGGAACGGCUGCUGGUCAGCCUGGGGGUUAUCACGCGCAAAGUACCUAUCCUCCUCCACGACCACAUGUACAAUUUCCACAAGGAUAUCCAUCACCAGCUAAUUCACAACCACCACCUAAUAAUCAAUAUCAGGCUCCCAACAGACCCAACAACUUGGUGCAAUAUCCUCCAUAUACGCAUAAAAUGGGAUUUAAUAGUGUACCACCUGGUAUGCCACCCAGCCCUGGGCCACCUCAAGUUUAUGGAAGCAGCAACACAGCAGGUAUGGUACCACCUGGUACUCCUGGUGUGACAGUGAUUGGUAACAUGGGACCUCCAGCAAGCUCCAUGGGCCCUCCUCCACCUUCGCCCAAUCACGUUAGCAGUCAACCACCUCCAGCAAGUUCGGCUGUACCACAUUUACAUACCCCUGCAGCUACACCACCUCUGAACCACGAGGGAAGUCCAAUGCCUCCACCAAGUACCACUCCUAAUUCGCAUCCUACUUCAACGCCAACUUCGACCAGUCAUUCGGACCUCACCACAGAAACCUCGAACGAUAAUGGCAUAACUACAACGGCUUCAGUAACGUCAUCGAUUAAUGUCACAUCCACUUCAAGUGGUACUGUUACAUCCGUAAUAACGACUGGUCCUGAUGGCACGUCUCUAGACGAGGGUUCUCAACAAUCCACAUUGUCAAAUGCAUCGGCUGCUUCUGGGGAAGAUCCAGCAUUCACACCAAAGGUCCGGAAAGAAAUGAUGGGAGGGUAUCACAGCCAUCCAACCACACCGCAGAGUACAGUUCCAUCACCUGGUGCCGCGAGUAUCAAUUCAAUCCAUGAAGAAUAUCCCGACAUGAACAGUCCUGGUUGGCCACGAACACCUGCUAGUCCUGUUUUUAACAGUCAUGUGCCUCAAGACCCAUACAGAUCUAAGAAACCAGAUAGCUUGGCGAAAUUGUAUGAAAUGGAUGACUCAAUGGAACGAAGAACAUGGCUGGAUAAAUUAGUUAACUUCAUGGAAGAACGAAGAACACCAAUUACAAGCUGUCCUACCAUCUCCAAGAACCCCCUCGACCUAUUUCGGCUAUACCUCCACGUCAAAGAGAGGGGGGGCUUCAUGGAGGUAUGCAAGGUGACAAAGAACAAAACGUGGAAAGACAUAGCCGGGUUGCUAGGCAUUGGUGCGAGUAGUAGCGCAGCCUACACGCUGCGGAAACACUACACGAAACACUUAUUGGCAUACGAAUGUCACUUCGAUCGCGGCGGUGUGGAUCCACAGCCCAUCAUCAAUCAAGUUGAAGCUGGCUCGAAGAAGAAAGGAUCAAAGGGAACCGCUUCUGUACCCUCACCGGGGUCUUCCAAUUCACAAGAUUCCUUCCCUGCUGCUGGAUCGAGUAAUGCUUCCAUGGACGGUUAUGGAAGUUACCAGAGUGGUUACGCUGGCGGCACACCUGGAGGACCGUCUGCGGAGUACACACCACCUCCUCCCAGACCACCUAGCCAGAGUAGUGCUCCCUCCCCUCAUCAAGGUGGUUCGAACCAGGGCGGGCAGAAUAGCGCAAAAUCGUUCGACAACAGUGUGGGACGCUCUGCUCGCAAGUCGAACGCGGCGCCCUACCCUGGUCCACUACGAACCCCAGGUAUACAACAAAGCAGUUACCAGAAUACAGGUUCUUACCAAAACUAUCCUCAGGAUCAGUAUAUUCGCCCCCAAGGAAACACGCUGUCUCAACAAGGAGAGUUCAAUCAACCUUAUUCACCAAGGUCACAUUAUUCACCUUAUGUACCGGACGUCGACAGGGGCUAUCCUGGAGGGAACAUGCCACCGAACAACGCUAGUGGGCAGGACAUAUACAAUAGAUAUAGUAGUAGUCAACAAGCUGCAAGUUAUCAGGCUGGAACUCCGCCCAAUGCCAGAAGUAACAGCUACCCGUCUGCACCGCAGACACAUCCGGCUACUGUACCACAACAAACGGCUACCAGUCAACCUUCUUCACCUUCCCAGCCUUCUGCUACUUCGUCUUAUUCGUGCCCACAAGAUUAUUACCGACAGGAACAGGGAGGGUAUGGAGCUCCAGCAGGGACACAGAUAUAUUCAGGAGGCACGAGUGCAAACAAGAACAUGCCUCCGCCACCACCAGGUCCAAAUCCACCCAGGCGACAUCCUGAUUUUGCCAAAGACCAACAGUAUCCUCAAUAUAAUCAACCAAGACCAACGUAUCCAGGAUGGCCAAAUACUACCAGUCAGUACAACAGCAGUAGUGGGAGCAGUAGAGUACAAUACACGCCGCAGCAACCACAAUCGCAAUCACAGCCACAACAGCCACAGUCGCAGCAGCCGACGCCACCGGUCGGUCCUGUGCCCUCUACGCCUCCAACAGGAGCAAUUGCUAGUAGUCAGCAAUGGGGUAAUCAACAACCAAAUAGAACCACUCCUCAGCCAACUCUGAAUGCUAUAGCGCACGCUCCUCCUCCGUGGGAUCAUCGAUACUCAAAUCAACCGUCCCCUCUUUAUCCUGCACCUGGAAAUCACCAGACUCAGCUUGGAAUCAAUCCCAUGAUAAGCCAGCAACCUACAUCAAAAAGAGAAAUGACAUUCCCUCCUGACAGCAUGGAAGCGAUGACCCCGCUUAUGUAUAAGCGGCGGAAACUCACACGAGCUGAUGUAGCGCCUGUCGAAGCUUGGCGCAUAAUGAUGGCAUUGCGAUCUGGCCUAUUAGCUGAAAGUUGUUGGGCCCUUGACGUACUAAACAUAUUAUUGUUUGACGACUCCUCUGUAAGUUAUUUUGGCUUGACACACUUGCCCGGGCUGUUGGACGUUCUGCUGGAACAUUUCUCGCGUUCCCUGUCGGACAUGUUCGAGUCGGCCGUGAACGAGGACGAUCGCAAUUGGACCCAAUCAGCAGAAGGGCCGGAAGUGGAUCUAGGUGCCGUGACACGACCCAUCGAUCCUGAGGAUCGAACUAAACUAUUGUCGUCCUCGAAUUACACGUUCUUGUCGAGAAGGGGUCGUCCAGUGAAAAUCGUUCCGAGGGAUGAAGACCUGUUUGUUCUUGACACCCGAAGGACUUGGGAUCAUCAGGAGUGUGAAUCUGAAACCGAGCCUUGGCAAGUCGACACUAGCACCACAAAAUACAUAGUGACCUGCUUUCAGUCCGAGAUUGGAUCGGUACCGUUCGCGCGUCUUCUCAGAGACGAAAAACCGCCGUUGUUGCAGAAGGAAGUCGAAUGUACGGAUUCGAAGGACGAAACCAAAGUAGAUCCGAACACGCUCGAGGCGUCGGAGUUCUCGCAGAAGGUUGCCGAGCUCGGCGAGAAACCGAAAGAGGCCAGCGAGAAGAAACAAUUGGACAAGAAGAAAAAGACGAAAACCUUGAGCGACGUUUUGUCCAGGAUCAAGAAGGAACCGGUGGAGAUGAACGAUCUCACGAGAGAGCUAUUCGAGAAAAAGAACGACGGGUUCAAGAAGGAAUGUGAGACCGAGGCCAAGGUGAACAACAACAUGGGCGAACACUUCUCGGACCUACAAAAGUCCGAUGAGGAAAUGAUUCCCACGCAGAACGGGUUGAAUGACACGACGACCAACACCGAGUUGGAAAAACCCGAGAUCAAAGUGGAGAACGAGGAGCAGCAGGAAUCGAUAUCGAAGGAUGACGAUAAUAAGGAGGGACCAAGAUUAAAAAUAAGAGAUCCAGCGGGUACAUUAAAGAGGAGACGAAUAAGCGACUACGAGGACGAGAGCUAUUCGAGGGACGAGGCGAGCCUAUACCUCGUCACCGAGACACAGGAUCACCUGGCUCGGCGUUGUGUCUGCUUAUCCACAAUACUAAGGAAUCUCACGUUCAUACCGGGCAACGAGGCGGAAUUCGCGAAGAAUGUCACCUUCUUGAGCUUGCUCGGUAAGCUGUUGCUAUUGCAUCACGAGCACCCGGCCAGGACACAGAAAACUCGCAACUACGACCGAGAGGAGGACGCGGAUUUCGCGGACUCCUGCAGCAGCCUGCAAGGCGAGAGCGAAUGGUGGUGGGACUUCCUGCAUCACAUAAGAGAAAACGUGCUGGUGAUGGCGGCGAACAUAGCCGGUCACUUGGAUCUGAGUCAGCACCCGGAGGAAAUAUCCCGGCCAGUGUUGGAUGGGCUUCUGCAUUGGGCGGUGUGUCCCGCCGCUCACGGUCAGGACCCGUUCCCCACGGUAGGCCCGAACUCGUCUUUGUCGCCGCAGAGAUUAGCGCUGGAGGCUCUCUGUAAGCUUUGUGUUACCGAGUGCAACGUGGACCUAGUCGUUGCGACACCCCCAUACUCCAGGCUUCAGAGACUAUGCUCCGUAUUAACCAGGCUACUGUGUCGGAGCGAGGAGCAAGUACUGCGCGAGUUCGGCGUGAACCUGCUUCAUUUCUUGUCCGCGGCCGACAGCGGAGUGGCGCGCACUAUAGCCCUGCAAACGCCAUGCGUUGCGUUGUUGGUGGCGUUCAUUGAACAAGCGGAGUCGACUGCGUUAGGGGUCGCGAACCAACAUGGAUUGGCCGCGUUGCGGGACAAUCCCGAGUCGAUGGGUACCAGCCUGGACAUGCUGAGACGCGCGGCCGGCACUCUGCUCAACCUUGCCAGGCAUCCGGACAACAGGACUCUGCUGCUACAGCACGAGUCACGGCUACUUGCUCUGGUGAUGAGUCAGAUAUUGGAUCAGCAAGUGGCCGCAAUUGUUGCUCGUGUAUUGUUCCAGUGUUCCAGGGGCGCGUAACUUUGUUGACAAAAAGAGAGACAGACGGUAUUCUCCUACUUCUUUUUGGGAUACACGCGGGUGUGUUGAUCCGUGUUUGUUUAGCCUCCUUCCUUGUGUAAAAUGAUACGAUGACGAUGAUGAUAAUGUUUUUCCAAGGUGACAGAAAGACAGCUAUAUAUAUACAUAGUGGCUGCUAUUCUAUAUAGAUAAUACAGAAAGAAAGAGAGAGAGAGAAAGCGUGAGCGAACGUGAGAGAGAGAGAGGGAGAGAGAGAGAGAGAGAGAGAGAGAGAGAGUGUGAGCAUGUUAGAAAAAAGUGUGAGAGCAAAAUAAGGGAGAAAGAGAGUGCGAGAACGAGCGAGCAAGAUAAAAAAAAUACGUAGAAAGGUGUAGAAAGAGUGCGAGCAGGAAGGUGAUAGUGUUCAGUAUAACGGAGAGAAAAGAAAGGAACACGUUAACAUGGUGUAGCCAUGAAGGAAUAAUGGAAAGAACGCGGGGUCGGUUAUAGAGAAUAUGUAGACGGAACAAAGUGUCGAUAUACACACGCCACUAGAUUUGCGUGGUUGUAGUUUUAUAUCGAGUAAAUACGGGGAAGAGAAGUAACAAACGAGUUGAUUGAACGGUGUUAGCCGCGUGCGCGUUAACAGAUACACUGCGAGAAUACGCGAGUGCCGCGCCCGCGCCAUGACACGACACGCGAUACCUGUCAGCUAUACCUUUUUCCCCCGCCCCCUUCGUGAAUUGGAAUAAUAUCGACAUAGUGUAAGAUAUUUACAUAGUUAAUGAAAAGAAAGAUAAAGGGAGAAAAGAUCGAUGAACAGAGCGAAAGACCGGGUUCCCGAGGCCACGAGUGAAAUCGGGCCGAUUCAAAACAAUGGAUUACAAGUAGAGGGAUAGGGAGAGGAAACUAAAGACACCGAGAUGUCGAGAAUGCGAGAUAGAAUGAGACGGAUACGGACAGAUUGAACGUGAGAGAGAGAGAGAGAGAGAGAGAGAGAGCGAGCGGGAGAGAGAAAGAAGAAAUGAGACAAACGAUUAUUAGCAGCAUAAUAAUAUAUAAAAGAAUAACUGAGAGCUGACGAUUGAGACAAAACUAUUGAAGAAAAAAAAAUAACAAAUCUGUUUGACGAACCUUAAAAUGGUGCGAUGCGGAACGAUAAUAUUGGGGUGACGAUUAUAUAUAUAAAUAUUAACGAUAAUAUAAUGCAAAUUUUUAUAUUUGCAUGUUUUGUGCUGUAAUUAGCGAGUAAUUAAGAUAUUUUGUAGAUAACACAUAUACACGCGACACAUACGUACACGUGAACACAUAUACACACAGAGACACGGAGAAGAACAUACAUCUACACUUCCAUUGAAUCGUAUUUGACCGCGUGCCGUGCCGCGCGUGUCAAAUAACGAAGUAAUUUCAACAACAACAAAAGAAAGAUGGUGGACAGAAAUAUGAGAGGAAUAAAAGUACACAAUGCGGUGUGAUCGCGCCACGGUGGUCUCCGUUGCGAAAGAAAUUCGAAAACUGUACGAGAAAAACGGCAGACCACCCAGAGUCUCGACUUUAGAUGCACAGGCAGAACUAGAACUGAAGAAAGACAUUGUUGGAAAAAUGAGCGAGAAUGAGGCCGAGUGAGUGUGUGUGCGUGCAUGCGAAUACAUGUGUGUGCGUAUGUGUCCGUAGAGAGAAAGAAAAAA